AUGAGCCAUUUUGUGACUCUUAGUGUUUUCGAUGUCAAACUUCAUCCAACAGAAAUGGAGAGCCUGGAUCUCUUGAGGAGUUGUUUGGUGUGCAAAUGGGACUUGUGGAGGAGAGACCCCAGAAUGCUACCUUGCCUUCAUUCCUUCUGUAAGGACUGCCUUCCAUAUCUGAUCCAAGGAUAUAGCUGUAUUCCCACUGAGUGUGAAGUUCUGUAUGAAGGUAUCCUUUCCUGUCCUGUGUGCAAACAGACCUGCUUUGCAAGGGAUGUAGUUGAAAAUUUCCUUCUCAAGGACUUUCCCACUGCUAAUUCAGCUAUGGCAAAGAGCUGUUCCACAUGUAAAGAAAAGAGACCUGCUCACAGUCUCUGUACAGGCUGCAAUAAGUGGUUGUGCAGCUCCUGUACGGAGGAACACAGGCAUGACCAGGAAACUGGAGACCACUUCCUGUCUGUAUCCCUGGAGGGCUGCACAGCAGCUGCAGAUGGAGCAGGUGAAUUCUCCUUAUUUUGCCCAGUGCACACUCAAGAGCCACUCAAGCUGUUUUGUGAGACCUGCGAUACCCUUACCUGCCGCAGCUGUCUUCUGACAGAGCACAAGGAGCACAGGUUCAGACACCUUGAGGAAGCUUUGCAAAAUCAGAGAGUCAUCCUGGAAAAUGUCAUAACUAAAGUGGAAGAGAAAAAAAAUGGGAUUCAGGUUUCAGCUAAACAGAUUGAGGACAGGCUGCUUGAAGUAAAACAUUCAUACAAAAGGGCAGAAAACCAAAUAAAAAUGGCCAAGAUGUUUUUGAUUAAUGAAAUCAAUAAACGAACAAACAUCCUUCUUGAACAACUUGAAAAAAUCACCAGUGAAAAGAAGCAGAAAUUGGAGCAACAACUGCAAGGUGCUGUGGUUUUAAGCAGACAAGUAGAACAUGUGCAGAACUUCAUCAGCUGGGCAGUGUGCAGUAAAAACAGCAUCCCAUUUCUCUUCAGUAAAGAACUGAUUGUGUUUCAGAUCCAACGCUUGUUAGAGACAAACUGUAACACAGACAUAGGCCCCCCUCUGAAGAUCAGAUUUACUUGGGAUCCCUCCUACUGGACUAAACAACUGUCUAAUUUGGGAGGUUUCACUAUGGAAGGUGGACACAUUUCUCACUCAGACAUGCUACUCUGUGGAAAUGUGCAAGGAUUACAGACCUCCUUGUAUCAUGGGCACUGCUCACCAGCAUCACAGCUGGAGCCUGUGAGUAGCCAGCCACCUCAGUUUCCACCUGCAGUUCAGUGUCCUAUGCCUGUUUGUUGCUCACACUGCCUCAGUGUACCUCACCCAAACAGAGCUCAGCCUUCUUACCAAGACGUGAACCACCAUAAAAGUUUUCGACAACCUCCUGAACUGCACCAGCAGCACUUCCCUCUGCAGCACAGCAUGCAGCAGCAGGACAAGGAGCAGAGAGGUGCCCUCCAGCCUGUGAAGCUAACGCAGUCUGGGCUGGAACAGCAGUCACGCUCAGAGCCAGGGAAUGUGUCUGGCAAAGUGGGAAAGCACUUACCAUCCCAGCAGCAGCAGCAGGCAGCACCCCUGGGUUAUGCUGUUGUAUCUCAUGAGGCUCAGCAAGUUGACACGAGCCAUCAACAGCCAUUUCGCACUCAGCCUUCUCUACAGACAUCAACUGUGCAAGUGCAACUUGGCCACCUCCAGAAGAUGAAAUCUAACCACUUGCAGCACCCACUGCAGCAGCAGCAGCUGCCACCAGCAUCGCCACCAUCAGGUCAGAAAGAGAAGACCCACAAACAAGUCAUCCAGCAGAGCCUGGACAUAAUGCACCACCAGCUCGAAUUGGAGGAGAUGAAAAAGGAUCUGGAGCUUCUUCUGCAGGCCCAAGGACAGUCCAGCUUACAACUGAACCAAGCCAAGCCACCUCAGCAUGUUCAACAGACCAUAGUUGGUCAAAUCAACUACAUAGUGAGGCAGCCAGCCUCGGUUCAGCAACAAAUUCAAGAUGAAGCACAAGUCUGUGAGAGUUCUGUGGAAUUUGAAGCUCAGAAGCCUGUAAUUCCCUUUGACAAAAGUGAUAGCUCCUCCCUGUCACAGUCAGUAGAUGAAGAAGCUGGUGUCAGCAGUUACUCCCCUGAGAGCACAAUGCAACAAUCAACUUUCCAUCCAGUGAGAAAGCGUUCAGCAUCCUUAAGCAUUCUGGGCUUUUCAAGCAGUUUGGAAAUGGAAUCACCUUCGACAAGGUUAUCUAGCUCAGCCGAUGCACAGACACAAGGAGCAGGUGCUGGAACACUUGACCCAUCCCUGAAUGUUGUUUGUGACUGUGAUGCUCCACCAGAUUCAGUUCCAAACUACAGCCUGGCAUCAGGCAGAGCUCCAAGUGACCUGAGCCCUGGGGCUGCUCCUGGCCUCACACCAAGUGAUGCAUUACAGGGCACCACUAAGUGCAAGCUGGAAAAUGAAGACUUCAAUACUGUAGAUCAUUGCCUAGAAAACAGCUUGGCUACUGCUGGGCAAGAUGUAGUUAAUGAAUUAACUCUUUCUAUGCAAAAAGUGCUGGAAGAACCUAUUAAUCUUUCAAUCAAAAAAUCUCAACCUUGUACUUCUCCUUCUGAAAUGCUCGGCAACGCUUCUUUCCUGCCUAUGAAUGCCAGAAUGAGACAACUUAGAAGUGAAGAAGAUUCCAAUAACUGUGAAAAGGAACAUUUUGAAAUGGAUAUGAAAAGCAAUCAGAAUGUUAGAGCUGGCCCUGAGGAGCAGAAGAUCCCCUACGUACGACUGGAACGCCUAAAAAUUCAGACAUUGGAGGCAGGGGAGCUCCCAGUGUUUAAGCUCCAGCCACAGCAUAAUGAGCAGGAUGGCAAUUUCCUCCUGAUAAUUGAAUGUGGGACCCAGUCUUCGAGUAUGUCUAUAAAGAUAAAUAAAGAUAGUCCACCUGAAGGACUGAAAUCCAAAGAGAUCUCAGAGGAUGGGACAUUUCUUAUACCCCAGGCAGCCAGCCAGACACAGUCUCCUCCUGUAGAUACUCUGUCUGUUGAUCAGAAGCUCAGCAAUGGCAUCUCCAUGAUGAAAAAGUCUCCAGUUACUCAGGAAGACAAUCCAAUUGAAAAUGAGGAUUUCUGUGCUGUGUGUCUUAAUGGAGGAGAAUUGUUGUGCUGCGAUCACUGCCCCAAGGUUUUCCAUCUCUCCUGUCAUGUUCCAGCCCUGCUCAGCUUUCCAGUGGGAGAAUGGGUGUGCACGCUUUGCCGUAAUCCAGUGAAGCCAGAGGUAGAAUAUGACUGUGAAAACACACGCUACAGCCACACCUACAGUGCCCAGUAUGGCCUUGAUGACUGUGACCAGAAGAAGUGUGAAAAGCUGGUGCUUUCCCUGUUCUGCAGUAGUAUGAGCCUCCCAUUCCAUGAACCUGUCAGCCCCCUGGCUCGGCAUUAUUAUCAGAUCAUCAAAAGGCCAAUGGAUUUGUCAACCAUACGGAAAAAGCUGCAAAAAAAGGACAAGUCCCACUAUUCUGCACCGGAGGACCUUGUGACUGACGUGCGUCUCAUGUUUUGGAACUGUGCAAAGUUCAAUUAUCCAGAUUCAGAGGUUGCUGAGGCUGGACGUUGCCUAGAUGUAUUCUUUGAGAGCAAACUGAAGGAGAUUUAUCCAGAUAGAGAUUUUCCUUCAAUGCAACAAGAAGACUCUGAUUCAGAAGAAGUGGAGAGGCAGAGUAGCAAAACGCCAGCCCAGGACUGCCAGUGGCCACCAUACGGACAGGAGAGCAUCCCGCCGAAAAGGAGACGCCGCCACGCUUGA